AUGAACAUAGAAUUGCAGUACGUGAAUCAUGAGUUUGAUGUUGAAUGGCGCACGACGCCCCAUCUGACAAAUCCAUUGGACGACUGUCUUUUAUCUCUUUCCCUUCUCUUGGGCGAGCUUUCUCAAGCCAACCUCCAGGGCACAACUGCACCUCCGAUUUCGAAUCAAGCUGCAAUGGACCUCACAGCUUACUAUGCUCCAUCAGCCCAUCACUCCUAUUACCAGCCACCUCCGCCGCCUCCGGGAACGGCGCAUCUGACUCCGCCCACAGCGUCCCAGCCGGUUAACGUCUCGCCGCCGUACGCUGCCUACGUGCCCUCAAUCUAUCCGCCGUCAUUGCAGGAACAGGUUCGGACGCUCUUCGUCGCUGGACUGCCUGAGGACGUAAAGCCUCGAGAAAUUUACAACCUUUUCCGAGAAUGCCCCGGUUACCAGUCAUCCAACCUCAGGCCCCCCACCGCGUCCAAUAAUCAGCCAUUUGCAUUUGCAACUUUUGUGGAUCAACAAUCAGCAGUCAUGGCAUUACAUGCUCUAAAUGGGUUGGUGUUUGACCUAGAAAAAGGAUCAACAUUGUAUAUUGAUCUUGCCAAAUCCAAUUCAAGGUCAAAGCGAGCACGAACAGAUGAAGGGAGUCAAGGUUCAGAAAAGAGACUAAAAGGGUCUUCGGAAUUUUCCAGGAGUGAUGAUCCUGGUUUUGGCAGCUUUCACACGCCUGGAAUGGCUAAUUCUGCUCACAACACUAUUGGUUGUCCUUCCACACAAAGCUUCUGGAAUGAUGGUGGUUCUGCAAAUAAGGCUUCUACAAAGUCUAAUGGUAUUCCAUGCCCCACUCUGUUUGUGGCUAAUCUGGGUCCUACGUGCUCGGAGGAAGAACUGAUGCAAGCUUUCUCAAGAUGUCGUGGAUUUUUAAAAUUGAAGAUGCAAAGCACCUAUGGAACUCCUGUUGCGUUUGUUGACUUCAAGGAUACGGCCUGUUCGACUGAGGCUCUAAGCCAUCUACAAGGCGCAAUUUUGUAUUCAUCAACUUCUGGUGAAGGGAUGCGGCUCGAAUAUGCAAAGUCUCGAAUGGGCAUGCGAAUGUUUGGAUUUGCCGAUAGCCGCUUUUCUGAUAGAAAACUGAAAAGUGCAGGAUUCUCAUUGAAAAUGGAUAAAAAUUUACAAAUGGCGCCGUCAUCUGCGGCCAACGGGACGAAGAAAUCGGAGAAGCUGGCGGCCGGCGGCGUCGAUCGGCCGACCAAUCCAAUGGUGACACCUCUGUUGACGGAUCUCUACCAGUUCACUAUGGCCUAUGCUUACUGGAAAGCCGGCAAACACAAUGACCUCGCCGUGUUUGAUUUGUAUUUUCGGAGAAAUCCUUUUGGUGGGGAAUACACAGUGUUUGCUGGUCUAGAAGAGUGCAUAAAGUUAAUUGCUAAUUUUAGGUUCACAGAAGAUGAAAUUGCAUUUAUCAAGUCGUCCUUACCUUCAUCAUGCGAGGAUGGCUUCUAUGACUACCUUCGAGCAGUUGAUUGUUCUAAUGUUGAGAUACAUGCUAUUUCCGAAGGAUACGUUGUGUUCCCGAAGAUACCAUUGAUGAGAAUCGAAGGCCCAGUAGCUGUUGUUCAACUGCUGGAGACCCCACUUGUUAAUCUGAUAAAUUACGCUUCAUUAGUUGCAACAAAUGCUGCAAGACAUCGUUUUGUUGCUGGGAAGUCCAAGCUUCUUCUUGAGUUUGGGCUAAGACGGGCACAAGGUCCUGAUGGAGGUAUAAGUGCAUCCAAGUAUUGCUAUAUGGGUGGAUUUGAUGCGACAAGCAAUUGUGCUGCUGGGAAAUUAUUUGGAAUACCACUUCGAGGGACACAUUCUCAUGCGUUUGUCAGCUCAUUUACGAGCCCUGACGAGAUUGCUGAGAAAUCACUUAAGAGUUGUGAUAGCUCAAUGAGUUGUGAGGAUUUUGUUAGUUUGGUCCGAACGUGGUUAAGCAGAUUGAAGCGGUCGGCUGUAUUGGGUGGAAUUUUCAGCGAAACAAAUCAAAGUGAGUUAGCUGCUUUUGUCUCAUAUGCUCUUGCCUUCCCGAAGAACUUUUUGGCCCUUGUUGAUACAUAUGAUGUUAUGAGAAGUGGAGUUCCUAAUUUUUGUGCAGUUGCUCUGGCUCUAAAUGAUUUGGGGUACAAAGCAGCAGGUGUUAGGCUGGACUCUGGUGAUCUCGCCUACCUAUCAUGUGAGACGCGUAGAUUUUUUCAGGCGAUUGAAAAGGAGUUUAGAUUACUCGGUUUUGGAAAGACAAGCAUUACAGCUAGUAAUGACCUUAAUGAAGUAACUCUGGAUGCUUUGAAAAAACAGGGUCAUGAAAUCGAUGUAUUUGGAAUUGGGACGCAUUUGGUCACAUGCUAUGCUCAACCUGCGCUAGGCGUUGUUUUCAAAUUGGUAGAAAUUAAUAACCAGCCUCGUAUCAAACUCUCAGAAGAUGUUUCAAAGGUGUCUAUCCCUUGCAAAAAAAGAUGUUACAGGCUUUACGGGAAAGAAGGUUAUUCCCUGGUGGACCUUAUGACUGGGGAAAACGAACCACCUCCUAAG